GAAAUGAGCAGUAGAAGAAGAGGGUAACGUAGGAAAAAAAGCUACAGUACUAUCGCCGCGUCAGAUGAUUAGCAAAUAGUAAAAACACAGUCACACGACUGACAGUUCACCUGUCUUUUCAGCAUUACGAAACGGUGUAAGUUGUCAAUAAUGUAUAUUGGUCCGUUAUUUACACUUUGAAGCCUCUCUCGCAGCGCUGAGAAUGCUGAAAAUGAAACUACCGAUGAAAACGGGCGAGGAAGGAGGCAACGAAACGGCCGAGGACAAUUCAUUGGAUCAGUCGGAGCACCAACAUAUUCCCAGGGCGGUAUCUCCUUCUUCGGUAUCCGACAGGCUGGAGGAGUCGCCGAGACCUCAUGUGUAUCCAUCCCAGCUGGACAAGGAGACUGUUUUUGAGUGGUUCGGCCUACAUCUAAACCCCGCUAAGCGGAUCGAGUUCAUGUGUGGACUCCUACAUAUGUGCCAACCCCUGGAGCUCCGCUUUUUGGGAUCUUAUUUGGAGGACCUCGCUAGGAAAGAUUACCAUGUUUUACGGGACUUCGAGUUUCGGGCAAAUAGUCCGAGCGAUUUGGGCGUUUUAACGGACGUGAUUGACCCAGUGGUUAGGUCCAAACUCCUAGUCUGCCUGUCCCUCCUAGGGUCUGACAGCAGGGAAUGUGCUGGAAUACUCUUUCGGAUACUGAGCCAUGUAGAUCCGGCCUUGUUCUACAAAAAUUAUGACUACUCCCUUCCUCCAUUCAGGGGUCCUCACCACCACCCGUUUCAUCCACCGUGUCAGGACGGGAAUGUGUACGGGCGCUCAGAGCAGACCUGCGGCUUUUCCACUAACGAAACAGCGGCAGGACCCCUGGAGCAGUUGGCGCUGCUUUUUACCAUGGCCUCUCUUCACCCAGCUUUCCAUUUUCACCAACGAGAGACGGUCCGAGGGCAGCUUGACAAAAUAGAGCUUGCAAUAGAGGAGAGACGUCAAAGUCAACUUAGAAUAAACGCCCAGACAACGGAGCUAUCAGGUCAGAAGGUGGAUUACCUGCCUUCCCCAGCGUUGGGUUUGGGAGAGUGUACAGCCUCCCAUCCUCCUUGCCAGAGCAGACGCUCCAGCCGCUGGGUAACACAAAGAGAAGCGGUGCAUAUAGAGGGAAUUGUGCUCAGGGGUGUCUCUCGGACCAGAAUAGACAAGGAAUACAACUUUGAGGUGAAGUGGUCAGACUCUUCUUCCAGUAGUGUGACCAAAACCCAUCUGGAACUGGAGAACUUCCUUCUUAAGCUUCCUAAGGAUCAGUGUACUGAGUCUUUUGAGAAGAGCAUCCUGAGGCUUCUGAACCAGGGGGACCAGUAUGAGAGCAGGGAGAUGGAGAAGAACCUUAGAGAAAGGUUCCUGUCUGCUCCUCCAGUCUUCAGACAGACCAGAAAGGUCUGCAGCUUUUUCAAUUGUGACUCCAGUUACUCUGCUAAACCUACUUCUUGCAGAUGCAACUGCCAGUUGGGAAAGGUCUACCAAGGAGACUGCUCUGAUGCCUCCAGUCAGGAGGAAGAUUUAGAAUCGUAUGUUCAGGGACACAAGAAAAAGCACGGAACCAAGAGUCCAUGUCAAGGUCUCUCUAGUGCCAAAGCCUCCCAGGGGGACAGUUGGAGGGGGGGGCAUGCUGCAGAAGUCAAUGGUCCAGCAGAGAGAAGGAAGAAGAGCUGUACGUUGAGGAGCAGUCAGGAGGCUGAAGAGGUGAAGCAUCAGGACACUGAGAAGAGAGGCCUCCCAGUCACUAAAACCAAGAGAGUCCUACCUGCAGACAGGGACAAGGGGAAGGGGAAAGGAGCUGCCUUUGUGACCAAUGGGACUUUGGUGCCAGCUCUGUUGCCUCAGAGGAAAGAUGGAGGUUCCGGUCCAGAUACUUUUGGUGAAACCUCCUCAGAAAGCUACAGCUCCCCAUCAAGCCCUCAACACAGAGGACCAGAGAGCCUGGAUAGUGAGGAUGACAACAACAAAGAUACAGACAGCCACUCUGAUGAUUCCAGUAAAGGUCCUGGCCCUGACAUGUUUUUCACACACCAGACUGAUCCAGCUGUGAUGGGGGAGGUCCCCUCUGUCCAUCCUCUGUCUUCACACAACCACCGGGCCCAGAUGGAGCCCCUCUGCCCAGACACCAGCACAGAGUUCCCCCCUCUCUCCUUCAUGCAUUCUCUGCCCUACGUGCUCCCCAACGGGGCUGCUGACUCUCCGCUUCCGCUAGUCCCUCCUCCCAGCCAAAGCAUCAUCCCUGAUGGGAAGCCUUCAUCUGGGACACUAAUGAUGCAGAUGUCCCUAGUGCCUCCAGCCAUCCCAGGCCCUGGAAUUGUGGCAGACCCAGAGAAGAGGGACAUGCUCCCAACCUUUGGGAUUCCACCUAUUGGCCUCCACCCUCCAGGAAGUCUUGGUGUCCAGCCUCUAGUUCAGAGGUUCAAAACAGUUCUGUCUCACAGCCAGUGUGGCACUGAUGGAGCAUCGGGGAGUGGCUCUACUCCUGCUGUCCCACAGGUUUCGCACCAGGUCCCUGUAAGAGCCAUCGGUGCCAUGACUCCUGGCCCUACAUCCUUCUCCUCUCCUCUUCAGCAGUCUCUGCCCUGCCAAGACCCAGCUGGUGGCAGCUCAGGUCUGGCCUCCUCUCUGCCACAUGUGGAGACUUCACACACCAAGCACCCUGGCUUAACUUUACCAUCCGGCUUACCUUCUCCCUACACCCUUCCCCCUGUCCCCACAUCUGUCAUGCCUACUGUAGGAGCACCUGCAGCCACUGGAGCAGCUCCAUCUUCUGGACAUGUACAAGCAGCUGUUCCUCCAGCUGUGCCCACCCACACCCCUGGACCUGUUUCUAGCCCGAGCCCAGCACUUACUCACAGCACGGCACACAGUGACUGUACAUCCUACAGCAAUAGCGGUGCUUCCUGUGGAAGCGCCCCUGUUGGUCCUGGGAACCCUAUCACUCUUCAGCAAACCCAGCAGCAACAAGUGGCUCCCCAGCAGCCAACACCACCACAACCACCACCACAGCAGCAACAACAACAGCAGCAGCAGCAGCAGCAGCAGCAACAGCAGCAACAACAGCAACAGCAACCAAUGGGCUGUGGGACUUGUGGCUGUCACAACAACUGUGGCGGGCGAGGCAGUGGCACCAACAGCAGUGUCAGUGGCGCCUCCAGCUGCCAAGCACCCUUAUUCUUCCCUGCCCACCAAAUGGCAGCAGCAGCACGGCAGGUGUUUAGCGUUCCUCCACCUCUCUUCCAGCUAACAAGCCUGUGCAGUAACAGCUACCUCACCCAUGCACAGCCCCCUCACCAGGCCAAUGGUGCUGCCACCCUGCCCCCCUUCUUCACCGCUGCUCCGCCUCCUGCACACCCGUCCCCCUACGGCCCCCUGCACAGUCACCCUCACAGCCAUGCAGACGUGCCAUCACACAUGCUGGGCACCCAGGCAGUGGCAGUCGCUGCUGCAAACUACAACCUCCAGCAGCAGAUGGCGCCGGCAGCAUCGUUCUGUCAGCGUGUCUACCAGCAUGUGUACCCAAACCCUCUGGGGAUGCUGCCUGCUGCCACACUGGGGGGAGGAGGAGUCAACAAGAAGAACGGCAACAUCUCCUGUUAUAACUGUGGUGUGAGCGGCCACUAUGCACAGGACUGCAACCAGCCCUCCAUAGACUCCACACAGCAAGGUGGCUUCCGGUUAAAGUACGCAGCCUCCCACAUUUCAGAAGCAUUUGACAAUGCAGACUGAAGAAGAGGAAAGGAUGAGGAGCUCCUCUGGUAUCGUUUCCACAGUGACGGUCCUGUGUUCUUCCCCAGGCACUGUGUAUGAGCAGUGCACUAAAACUUCUGUGCAUUUCAGGAAAAAAAAAAUCUCAACAAGAAAGAGUGACUUGUCCAAGGGCAAGGACAAAGCCUAAGUACUUGUGCCUGAGAAAAUCUUGUUCCCGUGGAGAUGAUACACUGUCUCACACACAGUCCACGUGACUCCCGGUCCCUUCCCUUUCAGUUUGUUUUUGAUAUUUUUGCACUGAGGGUUGGAAACAAUUAACUUAUUACUUAAUUAUUAGGAAGUUGACUGAUUUUGGGAAAAUUUUGUUUUUACAUUAAAGUGGAGAAUAGUCUUGACUGAAAAAGGUUCUUAUACGCUUAUUUCUAAAACAGCAUAUUUAUGCAGUUUCCUCAUUAUUACUGUUCUAGGAUUUUAUUGUCUGACAGAAUUGUACAGCAGUUUUCAAGAUUAAAACAAGAAGUUUUAGUUUUUUUGAAUGUACCACUUCUCAUUUAAAGAAUCUGACUAUCACAUGCAUUUUUGCCACUUGAUAUAUGUUUGGUCGGAAGGUAAUUGCUGCUUUGUAUUUUUUCAGUUUUUUUAUUGUUUUAUUUGGUGAAAUGCACUAUAGCGAAGCAGGAACUUAAGUGCACUAAAACAGUCCUCACCACAACCAAGCUGAUGUAAGGAUUCAGUCAUUUUCACAAUCAGAAUCAACAUGACAGAAAAAUUAUCACUAAAUAUAGCAUUUGGACUGUUUUAGUAUACUUUAGUACUACAGGUGUGAAAUAGCUUUUUAUGGCUAACAUUUUAGAGUGAGUGAGAUCCCUGUGUUCUAAAUUACAGAUACUGUACAAAUACAACAGAAGAAAAUCAUUCUACCCUGAUUCCAGAGUGAACUCACAAUAGUCAGACCACUUCCCUAUCAGUUAAAUACCUGGCAAAAUGCAUUGGUACUUCAUGGUCUCUGAAGAAAUAAAUAUUUUUUUUCCCUUACCCCUUAACCUUUAGUCUAACCCAGGCCAUACAUCUCACUUGUACACAGAAAAUACUAAAAUCUAUUAGGUGGAUUCAUGCUCUCCUGAGGACAAAGCUAUUUUGGUUUGGACAUUUAUAGCUUUGGUCUUACUCAAGAAAGGACCUAAGGUUUUUUGUUUGUUUGAUUGUUGAUAAUUUUUUUUGUACUGGGAAGGAUUCUGAAUGCCUCAGUUUGCUUCAAACAAUGUGUUGUCUAGCCUCGUCUAAAAAAAUCUCUCUCUCUUAACUUUAAAUUCAAACUGAUAGUGACUCUGCCCCUUUCAAGUUAUUUGUGUCAGUCAACUUAGGAGAGCUGUACAGCUGCACCAAUCUCAUCCUCGUCCUUGAUGCUAUUUUUCUGUCACUAUUUUAAUGGAUGUAGCAAGGUAGCUAGCUAGCUCUGUUGACAUAUGAUGUUCCUAUUCAUAAAGCAUGUUUGUGGGUACAAGUGGUUUUAUGGGAGGUUAAAUGCUAGAGAGUAGUAAUUAAUCACACAGCAGUAUUGCCGUAAAUUUGUUUUACACUAGCCACAAAUACAGUAUGCUAGUGGUCAUACCACACAAUACUGUAGCAGCAGUACCAGUCCCUGAACAUGUUGAAUUUGAGAUGAAGAAUGUGCUAUUUCUUCUUCCUAUAAUCUGAAUGGACACAGUCAUGAAUGGGCACAUCAUUAGAUCUGUUUGAAUCACUGAGUAAAUCUUAGAUGUGGGUUUUGAGCCACAGGUCUAACAAGACUAUGUCUUGGUAGCCAUCGAGGUGCACAUCCUCACAGUCUCUCCUCACCAUUCUAGGUGUUGCACGUGGUCGAAAAAAGAGUGCUCGAGUGAGAAGUACAGACAAACGUUUAAACUUUUGUUUGAAGCAUACUGAUGCUUUAAGAACAUAACAGUUAGUAUUGUUGGGUGCAGCCUCUUAAGGUCUCUAAAGAGGAUUUAGACUGUCGGGUUUAUAUUUUUUGUACAAUUUUUGAAUGUAGUACAAAAAUUCCAGCUGUUGCCUUCAUGGGUGUACAAGCAGUGUACAAGCAGUAGGGCCAGCUUUUAAAUGAUUUGGUCAAAGGUUGAGAUUUGUAACUUGAUAAUCACACUGAAUUUUCAUUUUCAGACUUACAAACAGAACAGGAUAUAAAGAAAGUUUACUUUAUCUGACAGCUGUAUUUCUACAGCUGGUUCCAUUUUAAGCUGAUAUAACACUGCACACUGAGGAAGGCAAUAUCUGUUUUUUUCCUGUACUGGUUAAUUAAAGAAAAAAAUCUGACAUGAA